GCUAGGGAUCUGGAGCCCCACCUGGGGCGGGGCGCUCCGGAGGCUCCGCCCUCUGAGCCUGGGUUGCUCGCUUUGGCCUCAGCAACACAGCGCAUCAGGCGAUGUAUCUCCGCAGAGCUGUGUCCAAGACUCUGGCGCUGCCUCGAAGGGCUCCUCCCGGCCCUGCGCCUCUGGGGAAAGACGCAUCUCUUCGCCGAAUGUCAUCUAGCAAAUUCCCUGGGACAUCUGGCUCCAAUAUGAUUUAUUACCUGGUUGUAGGUGUGACCGUCAGUGCUGGUGGCUAUUAUACUUAUAAGGCUUUCACAUCCAAGCAAGUCAGACAUCCAGAGCCUGUAGCUGACGUGAAAGAGCAAACAACAGCAGAGCCACAGGCACUUCCAGGCGAAAAGGAGCAGGUGGCAGAAGCCGAGAAAGCAUGUUCUGAGGCUGGAGAAAUUUCUGUAAAGGAACCUGAAUUGGUAGAUGCUGAGGAAGCUGCCCCAGAGGCUGCAGCUGGGCUUCCAGAGGAGUCUCUGGCCUCCCCAGUCCCUGCCGAGGCUGCCCUUGUGGAGAGUGCAGAGCCUGAGCCGAAGACCACCGAUGCUUCCCCGGAGGAGACCAUCGAGGCUGUGCCUGAAUCCACUCCGGAGGCGGAGAGGGUAGCGCUGGACCAGGCUGACGCCUGCAAUGAAGGAGAUGCCAGCAACCAGGCUGAAGAGCCAGCUGCGAACCCAAAGUCCGAAGAGACCGAAGAGACCAAGGAGACCGCCGAACUCAAAGAAAACCCUCCCUUAGGCUCAGAACCCUCUGUCCAGCAAGAAGAAACCGAGGUGACGGUGGAAGCAGCCUCACCAUAAGGCUGAUCUGCAAAAUUCUAUAGUUGCUUUUGUAUUUUUAGUAACUUUAGCAUUUCUUUCUAGAAUAGUUUAAUAUACCUUAAAGAAUUUUGCUUUUAUUAAUAGAUGUUUGAUUUGGAUUUAGUGUUUUACAUGCCUUAAUAGCUUUCUACCCUCUAAAAUCAGGCUCUGUAAAGAGCUUAAACGGUAUUAACUUUGGGUUUAAAUUUUAUGUUUUAGAAAUUGAGUUAUCUGUGCAACCUGUAUUCACUUUGAUUUUUGCUCUGCCUUUCUCUUACUUUAUUAUAUGUAAGACUAGA